AUGGAAAACGACAUGAAGUCCCUCAGCGCCGCCGCUCAGGCGUGCGCAAAGAAGAUGCGCGAUGCCAAGGUGAACGAGGCGUGCAUCCGCACCUUCGUUGCACAGCACGUCAUGGUCAGUAAAGGCGAGACGGGGUUCAUUCCCGACUCCGCCAUCAUGCCGGUCGACUCCCUCGAUGCCCUGGACAGCCUCACCAUUGAGUGCGGCAACGCUGUCCUGCAGAGCACCGUUGUGCUGAAGCUGAACGGCGGCCUCGGCACCGGUAUGGGGCUGCACGACGCCAAGACGCUGCUCGAGGUCAAGGAUGGCAAGACGUUUCUUGAUUUUACAGCGCUUCAGGUGCAGUACCUUCGCCAGCACUGCAGCGAGCACCUGCGCUUUAUGCUGAUGGACAGCUUCAACACCUCCGCUAGCACCAAGAACUUUCUGAAGUCGCGCUACCCGUGGCUGUACCAGGUCUUUGACCCAGAGGUAGAACUGAUGCAGAACCAGGUGCCCAAAAUACUGCAGGACACGCUCGAGCCGGCGGCCUGGGCCGAGGACCCGGGGUGUGAGUGGGCGCCGCCGGGGCACGGUGACAUCUACACCGCUUUGUAUGGCUCCGGCAAGCUACAGGAACUCGUCAAGCAGGGCUACCGCUACAUGUUCGUCAGCAACGGCGACAACCUCGGCGCCACCAUCGACAAGCGCGUGCUGGCAUACAUGGAGAAGAAGAAGAUCGACUUUCUGAUGGAGGUGUGCCGCCGAACAGAGAGCGACAAGAAAGGCGGUCACCUGGCCCGGCAGACGGUGUAUGUGAAGGGCAAGGACGGUCAGGCAGACGCCGAGAAGACGGUGCUGCUGCUGCGGGAGUCGGCCCAGUGCCCCAAGGCGGACAUGGAAAGCUUCCAGGACAUCAACAAGUACGCCUUCUUCAACACGAACAACCUAUGGAUCAGGCUCCCGGUGCUGCUGGAGACGAUGAAGGAGCACGGCGGCACGCUGCCGCUGCCGGUCAUCCGAAACGAGAAGACAGUCGAUCCAUCUAACUCAGCAUCGCCCAAGGUGUACCAGCUGGAAACUGCCAUGGGCGCCGCGAUCGCCAUGUUCGAAAGCGCAUCGGCCAUUGUCGUGCCGCGCAGCCGCUUCGCCCCCGUAAAGACGUGCGCCGAUCUGCUCGCUCUGCGCUCCGACGCCUACGUCGUGACGGACGACUUCCGGCUCGUCCUGGACGACCGCUGCCACGGCCACCCCCCCAUCGUCGACCUCGACAGCGCGCACUACAAGAUGAUGAGCGGCUUUGAGAAGCUUGUGCAACACGGCGUUCCAUCGCUGGUCGACUGCAAGCGCGUGACGGUGAGGGGGCUCGUUCAGUUCGGCGCUGAUAACGUGCUCACGGGCACGGUCAAGAUCGAGAACGCGGACAGCGCCUCGCCGUUCGUGAUCCCCGAUGGCGCCAAGCUGAACGACACAACGGCGUCACCGCCGCAGUCGACAAGCAAGUAG